UUUCAACGUGUCAUUUCACACUAACUCUGCAAAAACAUUGAUUGACGAGUUUUAGCUCGUUUUAGCAUUGGUUUUAAGUGAUACUCUAGCAGCUAUAGCUGUUGUCAAUUUUUUCCACGUUGGUGCCAUUUUCCAAAUGUGAUCUAACUUAUUCGCAGCGAGUUCUUGCCAGAAUCUAAUCUGGUGCCAAACGUGAAUUUUUCUUCUACAAACUUUUUGGAAAAUCUGCGAUGUCAAAGUGAUUAUAAUCAUUUGAAACAUUUGUGUAGAUUUGAGUUCUUUGUUAAGAUGAUGGCUAAUUAUAAGAGGCUUUGAAUACCAAACCACCCUCUGUAAUCAAAAUAACGCCUGACGAUAUGCAAUUAGCAUUUCUCAACAUUAGGAUUUUUGAAGAGUAGCAGCUGUGAUCACAAAGGCACAUAAUGUAUAACAUGUGGCUUUAGGGGCAACAUUUCACUGAAAACAUUUCGGAACACUGGUAAAACAUGGGUAGCGGCGGGGUUGGAGAGGUCCCCACCAUAUUUCACCCCAGAAGAUCGCGUGCUCCGAGCAUUGUGUUAAACGACGAACAACAAAAUAAUGGACCUUACGCCAGUCCUGUCCAAGUUAUAUUAGAUACAUCAGCUUCAGGAUGUGAACAGCAAGGCUGUAGUGCUAGUGGAGGAUGUUGCGACACUUCAAUAACUUGCAGGUCUGUAGAUCCAGGAGGAGGAGUUCAAAGUCAACAAUCCUGUGUCACUGGUAGUUCUUCGAACUCCGUUUCAACUUGUUAUGCCUCAUGUUGUGCUGAGUCGGCAAAAAAGAUCUACUUCGGUAUAUGUGUGACAAUAUGUGUGACAGCUAGUUGGGUUGGUGCAACUCAUUGUAUGAAAUAUUUAUACUUUCAAAAACCAGAAGCAAUCAAUAAUCAGGGUUCGAUACCUUCGAAUGUGUCCGGACUACAUCAUCAUCAUAUAUCCCUACCAUAUAACGCUCCAUUUUUCACAACGUGGUUCUGUACCAACUGGGCUGUUCUGUAUUUUCCGGUAUACUUUCUAUGCAGAGUAGCAAAAACCAAGUGCUCAAAUCUGUCAGAAAUUGUGGCAGAAAGCCUCCGUGGUUUUCGCGACAAAGGAUUCACUGGCGGACGGUUUUUAACUCGAUGCAGUCUUUUUUGUGGGCUAUGGGUGGUAACAAAUUAUAUGUACAUUCAUUCAUUGAGGAUACUACUAGCCACAGAUGUUAUGGCUCUCUUUGCCACCAAUGUUUGCUGUGUUUACCUUCUUUCUUGGGUCAUUCUUCACGAACAAUUUGUCGGUGUUAGGAUAGUAGCAGUCAUCUUAUGCGAUACAGGGAUUGCAUUACUUGCAUACAUGGAUGGUAUUUCGGGAAGUCCAACUCUUGGUGGUGUUGUACUCGCCACAUCAGCUGCAGCUGGAUCCGCGGUAUACAAAGUAUUGUUCAAGAAAGUAAUAGGAGAAACCACAUUCGGCCAAGUGUCUUUAUUCUUCUCAUUGGUUGGACUUUGUAAUGCUGCCUUGCUUUGGCCAAUUUGCCUUGCCUUAUAUUUCUCUGGAGUCGAAAGUGUGCAAUGGACUCGCUUGCCAUGGCCAGCUCUACUCUCUGCUAGUAUCCUUCACCUGGUAGCAAAUAUGUUGGGAAACUUCAGUAUUGCCUUGACCUACGAUUUGUUCAUAACUCUUGGCCUGAUCACUGCUGUGCCGGUGUCUGCAGCUCUCGACGUGGUACUUUACGGAGCCCACUUCGUUGGUAUGAAGCUAGCAGGGAUGAUUUUGAUAGCUGUGGGAUUUUUCCUCGUAAUGUUUCCAGACAAUUGGCCAGAUUACAUCACGCGGUUACUGCGAAACAUAAUCGCGAUGAGUCACAAUGUAAGUACGACAAGUUCGCAACAUCGUGGGGGUGGCAGAAGCGCGGUGAAUAGAAGCCGAAGACAAUCGAUCCAGCAUCGGCAAUUCAGACGGAACUACGGAGUGUCCUCUACUCAGGGUGACGGACAAACCCUUCUUCCACUCCCUUCUACCAAUAAUACUAACUUGACCCAUCAUCAUAAUAUCAAUACUUCUUCGCCCUCUGAACCUUCACGCCGAGUUCCUACCUCAAUUUCAACCACUACCAACAACCAUCAUCGCUCGCUCAUCGUCCCUCAAGUCCAACAAGCAAGUAGCGUGAGAUUACAGGAUGGAUUUUCAUUCGUUGAAUUAAAUCAUCAAUCACUCUCGCUAUUUACCAAUGACAUGAUCAAAAUCAAUUGCUUGGACCGAAAUUCUUAUUGAACGAUUAUGGAAUGCUAUUCAAAGGCCCUGGAUUGUGCACUAUGCGAUGUUCGUAAUCGCUAAAUGAGAUAUUUUCGAUGUAGGUAGUCUUGCAUACAAUGUUAUACUGCAGCUGUUAUUUGAACUGAGUAUAUUUGUUUUGAUGUGCAGGGGAUCUCAUUAAGUCGUUUAUACAACGGGUCUGUGGGUUAUUUUGAACUUGAGCUUUGUAAAACAGUUUUGACGAAACACAAAUGUCUUUAUGUUUCAUGAGAAAAGACUUGAUAUCAGAUCUUAUUUCACCAAUUCUCAAAAGUCUCACCAAUUAAGUAUCAAUAGCAUUGGUCAACGAUACAUCUCCUUCACCAUUUACUUAUCACACCUACCUCAUGUCAUGUAGGUAUUUUAUUGCUUCGUUCUAAUGAAACUACGAACUACGCAUUGUCAGUUUGCCUUUUUACACUUUUUUCUUGACCUAUUAAAAGAUUUGAACAACUUUAUGACCAAAUCAACUCAUACGCAUGUAAAUUUGAGAUAUGAAUAUAAAAUUGUGAAUAGGUGCGCCCAGGUAUUCUUUCCCCAGACGUAUUAUAUCCACUGGACCAGGUAUAUAAGUUAAUCUAUUGCCCUGGCAACUAUAAACGGUAGCCAACGUUCGUACAGCAGUUCCUACUGUUAUUUUGGAUGUGCUAUGUGAUUAUGGAAUGAAGCAUUGUACUGUCUGUGAAGUCAUUUGGUUUAUUUGACAAUUCUCUGUUGUGACAUGUCUAUACUUGAUCAUUGACUCGAUGUGCGCCAGCACAUGGCAUAGUAUGUUACUGAAAAAUAUGAAUCUUAUUGGAAUAUGUACGUACCUUGGUAUGCAUGCUCACCAAUAAUAGUGGGAACCAACAAGCUGCAUAAUUGUACUGUGCAUUGUUUUCAGAUGGAGCAGGAGACACAGACACGGGUCGUCAGGUGGUACAUCACGUGACGCAAUUGACUAUAGAACGGGAUACAUAAAAUCUCAUUUACGGUCACCUUCUGGAAGAGUUCGGUGACCUACUUUUGCCUGCAUUAUACCGAAUUCCAGUAGUUUGUUACCACCUACUGAAAAUUCUAAUGUAUUUAAUAGGGUGUCGACACGAAAGACCAUUGGACUAUUGAUCAUUUAGAAAAAUACUCUCUUUCUGAUAAACCUUCCAUUCUAUGAAUAAACAGAGAUACCGAUCUCAGUUUUCCAUA